UACUGGAGUGAGAGUGAGCAUGAGGAGGACACCACCUCCAGCCCCAAACAGGACAGCCCCCCCCCUCCCUACGACACCUACCCCCGGCCCCCAUCGAUGAGCGCCUACGUGGAGGGCCGGACCCGGCUGUCCUCCACAGAGACGUCCCGCUCCCGCUCCUCCCAGGAGGACUUCCUGUGCGGCGAGCCCCCGGCGGCGGCGGAGCCGCAGUACCACCCCGGGCCUCUGGGGGGCAGCACCCUCAGCGGCAGGAAGCCAGGGGGCAGCAGCAGCAGCGACAUGCAGUUCAGAUGUGACCCCGUGGAGUACCGGUCCAGUCCUGCGGGGGGCAGCAGUGAGACGGGGUCCCCGGGCCGCUCCUCCUCCUCCCAGAGACGCUCGUGGCAGGACCUGAUCGAGACGCCGCUGACCGAGGCCGGCCUGCACUUCCUGCAGACCGGACCGCUCGAGGACGCUGUUUUUGCGGAGCCGGGCCUGGGCGGCGGGCCCAUGGCGGCGGGGGCCGUCUACACGCUCCCCCCGCAGCGCAGCGCCCCGUUGCCCCCGGCGAUGCAGAGGCUGGUUCCCACGGCGACGGCGGGGGGGAAACCCCGCAGCUUCACGCUGCCGCGGGACAGCAACCUGCACACCCUGCUGCUGCCCCCCCCCCGGGGGGAGCCCAAAAAAAAAAGGGGGGGGGGGGGAAAAGGGCCCCCCCCCCAAGGGAAGGGGCCCCAAAAAGGGGGGGGGGGGGGGAUGUAUCUGGGGAUUCAGGCUCGAAUAUCUAAUAAUAAUAAUAGUGGAGGUGAGGGGGCGUCUCUGGGCGACCUGUUCCGCGCCUGUGAGCAGGGCGGGGUCUGCCCCCUGGGCCGGCCCCCCCAGGGAAAGGGCCAGUCCCAGUGUAGGCAGUCCUUCCUCCGCCGGGCUCUUCCUCCAGGCUUUAGUGGAGGUGAGGGGGCGUCUCUGGGCGACCUGUUCCGCGCCUGUGAGCAGGGCGGGGUCUGCCCCCUGGGCCGGCCCCCCCAGGGAAAGGGCCAGUCCCAGUGUAGGCAGUCCUUCCUCCGCCGGGCCGCCGACCCGCAGCUCAACGAGCGCCUGCACCGCCUCCGCAUACUCACCUCCACCCUGAAGGACAGGGAGGGCGAGCUCGCUCUGAUCGAGCGGCUGCUGGCCAGCCCCCAGCUGUCGUCGGCAGAGUUCCAGGAGUGGAAGAGAGCCUAUCAGGAGCUUUUCUUGAAAGGUGGAGGUGAGGGGGCGUCUCUGGGCGACCUGUUCCGCGCCUGUGAGCAGGGCGGGGUCUGCCCCCUGGGCCGGCCCCCCCAGGGAAAGGGCCAGUCCCAGUGUAGGCAGUCCUUCCUCCGCCGGGCCGCCGACCCGCAGCUCAACGAGCGCCUGCACCGCCUCCGCAUUCUCACCUCCACCCUGAAGGCUCCGUCUCCAGACCCUCCGACCCGGCCUGAGGCCCCUACGCCCGAGGAGAAAAAAGCUCUUCCGGGCGCCGUGAAGCUGCCCGGGCCCGCCGUCAAUUUAUCCGAGCUGCAGAACGUGAAGAGCGAACUACGAUGGGUCACCAAGGAAUAA